AUGAACAGAUUUUGUUUGGAACAAGGGGAUACACACAGAGUAUAUUAUCUAUUUACUCAUUCCAGCUUUAAUAUUAUUAUUUUACUAGUUUAUAAAAGGUAUGUGUUUUGCAAAUACGUUAAUGUAGUUUGUUCCAUGUCAUUACUUAAAAACUGUUUAUUUUCUGUUUGCAAGAGGACGAUCAUAUCAAGAAAUUAUAUAAGGAUGACUGCUACUAAAUGUUCUCCAGAGAAGGCUAAACUUAUCUCAUCUACACCUGUGAGCAACUCAGAUGAUUGCAAAUGGAUUGGGUUAGAGAAAAUGGUAUACAGCGACCCUAAUGGUGUGAAGAGAGAAUGGGACUGUGCUGUUCGUAAGACCAGAAAUUCUGGUGGUGUUGAUGGUAUUGGUAUGCUAACUAUUAUGAAAUACAAGGACGGUACUCCAGACCAAGUCUUAUUGCAGAAACAAUUCAGACCUCCCGUGGAUGGUGUAUGUAUCGAAGUUCCAGCAGGUCUUGUUGAUGCCAAUGAAUCCUUGGAGACAGCUGCAUUACGUGAAUUAAAGGAAGAAACAGGUUACGUUGGGAAGAUCACAGGUAAGAGUCCAAUUAUCUUCAACGAUCCUGGUUUCACCAAUACGAAUAUGUCAUUAAUGACAGUUGAAGUUGAUAUGUCUUUACCUGAGAAUCAAAGCCCACAAACUCAAUUGGAAGAAAAUGAAUUUAUUGAAUGCUUCCAAGUACCUUUUGCCAGUUUGAACGAUGAAUUGGAAAAACUGUAUAAACAAGGUUAUAGACUUGAUGCCCGUUUACAGAAUGUUGCUCAUGGUAUUGAGAUUGCCAGAACGUAUGGGUUAUAA